UUCUAAUAAAAUUUUACUGACUUUAAAAUUUGUGUAAUUAAAAUUGUGAAUCAUGUUACCAAAGUUAUUUUAUUCUAUUUUUUAUACUUUUUGGAUUCUAACUACAAAAUGCUUUGUGAGUUGCAAAAUAAGACCAAAAACAUAUGAGAAAUAUUUGUCAGGAGUAAUGGAUCAUAUAAAGGAACAAGUUGGAUGGGAUUUUAUACAGAAUUUAGAUAUUAAGAAUGACUCCUCUACAUGGUUAAGAUUUAAUGCUAAGGACAUUCUUUGUAAAGAGAGUAAUUUAACGCUAUCAAAAAAAUUCGACGCUAUAAUUAAUGUGUUAAAUUACAUGUACGCAGAAGUUAUCAAAACAUUUAUUGAUCAUAUUCGCACUAUAGCUAACCAAUGUAAAAAAUAUUAUGACUUCAAUCUGGGAGAUGAUUUAUUAAGUUGUACAGUUUUACUUCAAAGUGUUGUGGAAAAUUCGAAAACUAUGUUUGAACAGUUAUACAAUGUAAUGAACUAUCUUAGCAACAUCGAUUUUAAACUAUUAGUGUGUGGAAAAAAAACUUUCUCAAUACCUAUUGUAGAUGAUAUUUAUACAUUUGUAGAUUUUGCAACACUAAAAAUUCAACAAAAUACUCAUAUUUUUAUUGAUCCAAACGAUCCAAACACAAAAAAAGAUGCUUAUGAGGUUAUUUUAGAUGUGAUCAAUUUUAUCGAAGGAAAAGGUCACGAGACCUAUCAGAAAAUUAAAGUGCAAAAUAGUCUAGUUGUUAACAAUCAUAAACCAAAAUGUUUACUUGAAGAGAAUCUAGAAGACUAUAAAGCGCAACAUUAUAAACACAUUGAAUUGAGCAAUUAUUUAAGUGAAUGGCUUAACGUGUAUUACGUUGAAAUUUUUACAAAUUUAUACAAAAAUCUUGGUUUUGAACAAGUUUUAGAAUCAAAAAAAGAAGGAUUCAGACAUCCAGUUCAUAUAUAUGAUAAUACUAGCCAAAAGCAAGUAAUCCAACUAAUAAAUACAAUUACUAAUGAAAGUGGAUGGAAAUCGUUGAAACAUAUUAAUAUUGUAUUUAAUGAACAAGUUAUAAGCGCAAACCGUAUUCUUAGACACCCAGCAGACAAACUUAAUUUUCAUUGUAAAAAACAACAUAUAUUAAGAUUGAUCAAGUGCAUUUAUACAGAAAUAAUGUUUAAGUAUUGCGACUAUGUAAUUUCCCUAUUAAAUUUUUCUGAUAAAGUAAGAUUUCAAUGUUAUUUUUUAAUGUAUUUAAAUUUAGUGCAACAAAUUUUUGAUGCAGUUCAUGAGACAACUAAAAUGUUUGAUAUAAUGUAUAAAACAUUGGUAUCUUUAAAUAAACUAAUAGGAGAAUAUUUUCAUGACAAUUGUUUUUCGAAUUUAAAAUGUUUUUGUAGUUCAAUAACAAAAUUACUUGAGAAGAUAAAACUUGUUAAUUAUUCCCUGGAUAUUUUGAAUAGCAAAAGUGAUGUCAAUAACCAGAAAACAGUAAAGAAAACCAUACGAAGUUUCUCAGAAUUUCUAAAAUAUAUAACAUUUAAUAGUAGAUUAUUAAAAAAAACACAUGAAAAACAAUGUCCAUUUCGAAAUUUAUUGUUAAAUAUUGACAUACCCGAGUCAAUAAAUACCGACAAUUUUUCAUCUGCUUGUAACAAACUUAUUGUAUUUUCUAAAAAUGUUAUAAAAGUUUACUAUGAAGAAUUAGGUUUAAAUAAAUUUAAUUAAUUUAUA